GCUGGGGGAGUCUUAGUGGGCGCCCCCGUGGGGGAGGGGCCUCCUGUCCCGAGUCUCCUUUGGGCGCAGAAAGCCCCGGGAAUAGAAAAAAACAAGAGAAACACAGAAAUGAAGGAAGAAAAAAGGAGGAAAAAAUCAAAACGGCAUGUGGCAGAAAAGGAACAACCAGUCCAUGAAACUGAACCAAAGAAAAAGAAAAAAAAAACCCUGGAGGUUCCUUCUCCCUUGGCUGGUUUCACAGAUAGGAACAGAGAGAGAACAAAAAGGGUGGAGGAGGAGGCGGAGGAACUUACCGCAGAGGAAAGGAGGACAUUGGAAAGAAAACUAAAGAAAGAGCGUAAGAAGGAAGAAAAAAAACUGAUGCGGGAAGCUGGAAUUGCUGCUAAGAAAGAAGAGCCCAAAAAAACAUCAGGAGCUGAGUUGGCACUGGAGUAUUUAACUAGCUGGUCCAAAAAAAAAAAAGAAUGGAAGUUUCAAAAGACCAGGCAGACUUGGCUUCUUUUGCACAUGUAUGAGAAAGAGAAGGUUCCAGAUGAAUAUUUCUCUAUUUUAUUGGACUAUCUGGAGGGGCUUAAAGGCAGUGCGCGAGAUGUAACCAUGCAGAAAGCUGAAGCUCUUAUGAAAGGGUAUGACAAUUCUGAUACAGAAGAUCCAGGCCUGUUGGAGAAGUGUGAGCGCAUACGAAAAGUUUUACAGCUAUUAUCAUGAAAGUGUGUAAACCUUGUCAUUAGAUUUCUAGAUUCAUCUGUCUCUACCAUUGUAUGGAGAGCAGGUGAAAUGCAACAAAUAAAUUCUAAAAGAAAUAUGUAAAUACAUGUUUUUUUCAUUAAGAAUUGUAAUUAUGAUAAGAUUUCAUGUUUCCAUUGCUCAUUGUACAAUAUUAAAAUCAAUCAUUAAACAGUUUAUAAGGAGAUUGUAAUCAAAAUGAACCAUAGUGUUUGCCCAUUAUUAAACAUUGUAUUUUGGCUCCAUCAAGUAAUUUUUGCAUGUCUUGGAAAUGAGUGGAAACAUCCAUCUCACUUUAGUUUUUCACGUAUCAACAUGUAAUUACUAUUAACUGAAGAGAGGAGCUUUGUGUCUCUUAAUAAAAGCAAAACAA